AUGGCCUCGUGGACGCCGCUUGAAUCGGAUCCGUUGGUUUUCAACGAUAUGAUGGCGAAAAUUGGUGUCACUGGCGCCAAAUGUGUCGAUGUGUUGUAUUUCGACGAUGAGAGCAUUGAGAAGCCGCAACUCGCCGUCGUCCUCUGUUUUCCGCAAUAUGAGAAAGUUUGGGAAAUCACGAAGCCGAAUUACGAGGCCGCCGCGCCGGCUGAUUCGGUUUUCUUCAUGCGUCAGAAUAUUCGCAACGCGUGCGGCACUUUCGCGUUGUUCCAUUCGCUGGCGAACUUGGAAGAUCGAAUCAAUAUCGGAAACGGUCCGUUUGCUCAAUGGCUCAGCAAGGCGAAAGCGGUUGGAUCCGCUGAGCGUUCCGAUAUUCUCGAGAAAGACGCGGAAUUGGCAAAAAUUCAUGAGCAAGUCGCUGCUCGCGGAGCAACGGCUGCGCCGGCGACCGUCAAACAUCACUUCAUCGCAUUUGUGAACAAAAAUGGGAAGCUUCUCGAGAUUGAUUCCCGCUUUGAUUUCGCCCGCGAAAUCGGACCAACUUCUGACGAGACUCUGGUGAAAGACGUCGGCGCCGCUGUGAAGCAUCUUUUCGACAAAUUGAACGACAUUCAAUUCUCGGCGUUGGCGCUCGUCAAAAAUUAA